AUGGGCCCGUGCAGUGCGGCGCAGCCCCGCCCCGAGGCGCCCGCGGAGCUGCCUGAGCCGCGGCGCCCGCGGCCGGGGCCCCUGCGCUACGCCCGGCCCGGCAGCCCCCGCGCCCCGAGCCCCGGCGGCUCUGUCGCCGCCGCCGCCGCAGCGUCCGCCCGAACUGAGCCGUGGCGGCCUGGGCUGCUCAGGCCCACAAGCUCCGGCGGGCGGCGGGCCUGGCGGCGGGAGACGGAGGAAGCACCGGCUCUCCAGGAGCAAGGUCUCCCCGCAGCUGCGGCGGGGACAGCGUCCAUCGCCGGCCCUGAACGAGCGCCGCAAGCCCGAAGCGCCGCUCGCCAGGCCCUCCCGCCGCGCUUGCGCAGUCCCCGGGCAGCCUCUAAUCACCCGCUUCUCUUACCUGCCCCCCCCCCCCCCCCCCCCCUCGGCCCUAGAAAAAUUGCUAAGGAUUCGGUUUGGGCUCAUUCAUAUUAUCUAGGGGUCUCGCCAAAAAGGUGA